AUGGGCUCACACGGUCCAGCACAAGACGCCGGGGCGUCCAUGUGCUCUGUGGAUGAGUUUGUAAACACCUCGUUUGACUAUGUCAUUUGUGGCGGCGGCACAGCGGGCUGUACGAUUGCUGCACGACUCAGUGAGAACCCGGAUGUGACGGUGGGAGUGGUUGAAGCGGGCAAGUAUCGCAUUGGAGAUCCUCUCGUGGAUACACCGGCGGCAUUUUUCCAGAUGUUUGAGGACCCUGAAUAUGACUGGUGCUUGUACAGUGCACCACAGAAACAUAAUCGAGGACGCGUUCACCAUAUCCCCCGAGGGAAAAUGGUGGGCGGCUCGAGUGGUAUCAACUAUAUGAUGUAUGUUCGAGGAUCUACCCAAGAUUACGAUGAUUGGGCGGAGCUGGUCGAGGAUGACGGCUGGCGGGCCGAUAUUAUGCAGCAAUAUAUGCGCAGACACCAGACUCUCGAGCCCUACGAUGAAGCCAUGACCGAUCGUUCCACAAUGCCGCUCGUCGGUGAAUUCCACGGCACAACUGGACCGGUCCGAACAAGCUUCAACGACACCGUUCUCCCCAUUGAAAGAGACAUCAUCAAGGCGUGUGAUGAGACUUCUGGAAUCUCCAAAAAGCCCACUGAUCCCUGGAGUGGCGAUCACAUUGGGUUCUACCAUACCCUCGGUGCGAUCGUCCGCACCGGCCCAAACAAGGGCAAGCGAAGCUACGCCGGUCGUGGAUACUACGAGCCCAACAAGACAAGGCCCAAUCUCAAGAUCCUGUGCUCCGCCUUGAUCAACAAGGUCGUCCUGGACGGCCACAAAGCCACGGGAGUGAGCCUCUCCCACGGUGGCAAAGACUACCAAGUGGGCGUCAAACGCGAGGUGAUUGUCUGCGGUGGCGCGCUCAAAUCCCCCCAGAUCCUUGAGCUUUCUGGUAUCGGCGACCCGGAAGUCUUAGAGGCCGCGGGCGUUGACUGUAAAGUGGUGAACCGGGCCAUUGGUGCCAAUUUCCAAGAUCAUGCGAUGACCUUUGCCGUCUUUACCACUCAGCCCGGCACCAUGACUCUCGAUACCCUCCAUCAGGUCCCCGAGGCAAUGCAGCAGGCGCAGCAGCAGUAUGCCGAAAUGGCCAGUGGCCCGCUGAGCUGUACAUCCACCGUGCAGGGCUUUUUCCCAGCCAAGACCGUCAUGUCUCAGAGUGAACUCGAGGCUGCGAUCCAGAGCAUUCGAGAGGUCAAACCCACCAGCGAUUUCCACCAGCGACAGUUGCAGCAGGUCAUCAAGCAUCUCGAGAGUGACAAGUCUGCCAACAUCCAGAUGGUUCUGGUUCCGGCAACGGGCAACGUGGACGGCAUCGAGCAUCAAAAAGUCAUUUUCCCACCCGCGUCGCCUGAGAAUCCUGCAGGUGUGACAUUUGCCAUGUGUUUGCAGUAUCCCGUCGCUCGAGGAUACGUUCACAUCAAUAGUUCUGAUCCGACUGCACCACCCGUCAUCCAACCAAACUACGCCGGCCACGAAGCCGACGUCGCAGUGCUGGGCGCCGGUCUCCGUUGGGCCGACAAGGUCCGCCACUCAUCACACCUCAAAUCCACCAUCACCGGCCGAGUGGUCCCCGCCCCGAGCGUGGAUCUAAACGAUAUGGCCGCGGCCAAGGAAGCUGUGCACGACGUCGUACUGGGUGAGUAUCACGUCUGCGGCUCCGUCGCAAUGGGCGACGCUCUGGACUCUCGUCUGCGUGUCAAGGGCGUCGAGGGGCUUCGAGUGGCGGACGCCUCGAUCUUCCCGAACAAUGUGAGUGGGAACAUUGUCAGUAGCGUAUACGCAGUGGCUGAGAAAGCGGCGGAUAUGAUCCGUGCGGAUUGGGAUUCUGCACCUUUGAAGGAGACCGUGGUGUGA